AUGGGCGUGUGUUGGGGUGCGGUGGUGCGGGUGCUGUUGCUGCAGGCGGGGUGGGCGUUGGGCGUCGGGCAGGUGCGGUACUCGGUGCCGGAGGAAGCGAAGGCCGGGACGGUGGUGGGCCGGCUGGCGCAGGACCUGGGCCUGGAGGCGGGCGAGGCGGAGGCUUGGCGGCUGCGGCUGGUGGCGCAGGGCCGGCGGGCGAGCGUGGAGGUGAGCGGGGCGAGCGGGGCGCUGGUGGUGAGCUCGCGGCUGGACCGGGAGGAGCUGUGCGGGAAGAGCGCGCCGUGCGCCCUGCGGCUGGAGGUGCUGGUGGAGCGGCCGCUGCGCGUCUUCCACGUGGAGCUGGAGGUCACCGACAUCAACGACAACGCCCCGCUCUUCCCCGCCGCCCGGAAAAACCUCAGUUUAUCGGAGAACUCCCCUCCCGGCUCUCGGUUCCCGCUGGAGGGCGCGUCGGAUGCAGACAUUGGAGCCAACGCGCAGCUCUCCUAUACACUCAGCCCCAGCGACCACUUUACGCUCGAUGUUAAAGCCUCGGAUGAAAAUAGGAAAUCUGUAUUCCUGGUGCUCGCGAAAUCUCUGGACCGCGAGACGAUGCCUGUGCACCGGUUGUUGGUGACGGCGAGUGACGGGGGCCGGCCGCCGCUGACGGGCACGAUGGAGCUGGUGAUCUCGGUGCUGGACGCCAACGACAACGCGCCCCAGUUCAACCAGUUGGUGUACAAAGUGGAGCUGUCGGAGAGCUCUGCGGAGGGGACGUUGGUGGUGCGAGUGAACGCCACGGAUCCGGACGAGGGUCUUAAUCAGGAGUUUUCUUACAGCAUCGUCAGUUCGGUUCCUGCUGGUAACAGAGACCUGUUCACCAUUGAUGCGAAGACGGGCGAGAUCCGUCUCACGGGCGCCCUGGACUUUGAAGACGUCCGUUUACACGAGAUCCAAAUCGAAGCGAGAGACAAAGGUUGGCCCCCGCUGUCGGGUCACUGCAGCGUGGAGCUGGAGGUGGUGGACGUGAACGACAACGCGCCGGAGGUGUGGGUGACGUCGCUGUCGGUGCCGGUGCCGGAGGACGCGUCGGUGGGGACGGUGGUGGCGCUGCUGAGCGUGUCGGACCGGGACUCGGGGGCGAACGGGCGGGUGCGGUGCGCGGUGUGGCCGCCGGCGCCGUUCGGGCUGGUGGCGAGGUUCGCGGGCUCGUACUCGCUGGUGCUGCGGGAGGCGCUGGACCGGGAGCGGGUGUCGGAGUACGAGGUGGAGGUGCGGGCGGAGGACGGCGGGGCGCCGCCGCUGCGCGGCAGCCGCGGGGUGCGGGUGCCGGUGUCGGACGUGAACGACAACGCGCCGGCGUUCGCGCAGGCCGUGUACACGGUGCUGGCGCGGGAGAACAACGCGGCGGGCGCGGAGCUGGCGCGGCUGUGGGCGCGGGACGCGGACGAGGCGGGGAACGGGCGCGUGAGGUACUCGGUGGCGGAGGGCGUGGGCGGGGGCGCGGGGGCGGGCGGGGGGUGGCGGGCGGCGUCGAGCUACGUGUCGGUGGACGCGGAGAGCGGGCGCGUGUGGGCGCUGCGUCCGUUGGACUACGAGGAGGUGCAGGUGCUGGAGUUCGAGGUGCGGGCGGUGGACGCGGGGGAGCCGCCGCUGUGCGGCAACGCCACGGUGCAGCUCUUCGUGGUGGACGAGAACGACAACGCGCCGGCGCUGCUGCCGGCGCCGGGCGUCGGGCCGGGGCCCGGGGCGUCGGGCUGGUCGUCGUCGGGUCCGGUCUCGGGGGCGCUGUGGGCGUGGGCGGCGUGGGGGGCGCCGGCGGGGCAGGUGGUGGCGAAGAUCCGGGCGGUGGACGCGGACUCGGGCUACAACGCGUGGCUGCGCUACGAGCUGUGGGAGCCGCGGGGGAAGGGCCCGUUCCGCGUGGGGCUGUACAGCGGCGAGGUGAGCACGGCGCGGGCGCUGGAGGAGGCGGACGGCCCGCGGCAGAGGCUGGUGAUCGUGGUGCGGGACCACGGGGAGCCGGCGCGCUCGGCCACGGCCACGCUGAGCGUGUCGCUGGUGGAGGGCGCCGAGGCGGCGCUGGCGGCCGCGGGCUCGUCGUCGUCGUCGUCGUCGUCGUCGUCGUCGGGAGCGGGGCUGCGGCCGGCGGCGGGCGCGGAGGGCGGCGCGGCGGCGGCGUCGGCGUCGGCGUCGGCGACGAACGUGUGGCUGGUGGUGGCCAUCUGCGCGGUGUCGAGCGUGUUCGUGCUGGCGGUGGUGCUGUACGGGGCGUCGCGGUGGUCGCCGCGGGCGGCCGUGGUGUCGGGGCCCGGGCCGGCGACGCUGGUGUGCGCCAGCGAAGUGGGGAGCUGGUCGUACUCGCAGCGCCAGAGCCGGAGCCUGUGCGUGGCGGACGGCGCGGGCAAGAGCGACCUGAUGGUUUAGCCCAACUUCCCGCCGCCGCCCGGCCCCGCGGCGAAGGAGACGCAGCCGGAGCCGCCCGCUCUCCUGGACACGGUCAGUGGCCCUCCCUUUCUGGCCUCUCGCCCCUUCGCCCUUCUUCUCGGUCUCCCUCCGCCUUCUUCGCGGUCUUCGUUCUGGCCCGCCGCCUGGGCAGGCGCUGGUGGGAGGCGGGCUCAGCCCGCGGGCCUGCGGGCGGUGGGUGCUUGGCGGGUGCUCAAGGGUGUUCACGGCACCUUUGCAUCUGCCUCCGCGUCCUUGCCGGAGCCCCUCGGCUCUCGCUGUGGGGGGAAACUAGCGGUACUGCCGCAGCCCGCGGCGGUUACCGUCGGCAGCUGA